CGUCACACUUCGAGGCUUGUAUUUUAAGCCAGACAGCUGCUGCUGAGCCCACGUACAUGAUCACCUUUGUCCUCGCAGACUGUUAUACGGCCUUGAAGCAUUGUUCUCUGAAGAUUCGCAGUUAAAUCCGACGAACAUGUGUGAGGGCGCUACUUUGGAGCACACGUGAGAGCACACAAGUGUGAUGGAGGGACAGCCACUGACAUGAUGUAUAGAGAGUUGUACAACACCACUACCACUAAGAUCAUGAUCCUUGGUGACGGAUGUUCAAUUUCUACAGAGCCUACUGCCCAGGCAUCACACCACUGGAAUAUUAUACAACUUUCGUACUCAGCCUCAUCUCCUGCUUUAUCUGAUCGAGAAAUCUACCCGAGAUUAUUCCGAAUGUUUCCCCCCGAGACGGUAUUUAACGUGAUCAAGUUUGCUGUUUUUGAGCUCUUCAAUUGGCGGAAAGUGGUCACACUUCACCAGUCAGUCUACCUCUUUUCGAAGGCGAUGGUCGAUCUGCAGGAGAAAGCAGCAGAGCACAACAUCUCAAUUAUUGCCGCCGAGAGUUUUUUGGGUGACCCAGAGGCACAAGUUGAAAACAUCGAGAAAACAGGAGCUCGAAUAAUUAUCGGUGGCUUCUAUUCGGAAAUGGCAAGAAAGGUGUUCUGCAAAGCUUAUCAUUUGAAGAUGUAUGGCGCUAAAUAUGUAUGGAUAUUACCAGGAUGGUACAACCCUCUGUGGUGGCGGGUACCAGACGAUUCCAUUGACUGUACGAUAGAACAGAUGGAUGAAGCGACCGCGUACCACUUUGCCGUUUUCAUUGAUGCACUUCCACCACGUGGUAGCAGGGGACCAUCAAUCACAGGGCUGACAUCUGAGACUUUUCUGAGUAAGUUUCACGAGAUUGCGGGAGAAAACCCAGAAGCUCUCGUCGGGUACACCGAGAUUUCACUGGGCUACGACUCGGUCUGGGCGGCAGCGCUAGCCCUGGAAGAAGCAGACAGACGGCUCGGUAAUUUAGAUCCACCGAAGACAUUGAGCGACUUUGACUACAAUGACAACGUGACCAUCGAUAUCAUGUUCGACAUUUUCGACAAAAUGAUGUUUGAGGGCGUUUCGGGUCCAGUUCAAUUCAACGAAUAUGGUGACCGAGUUUGCCUCUUAGUUCUGCAGCAAAUCAAAGAUGGAAUACCUGUUCGGGUGGGAUUAGUUGACCCGACCGUAGGCGACGGUAAAAUUCUUAUCACAGAAGGCUAUGAAGAGAUCCAUUGGCCAGGAGGGAAGCCGCCCAUUGACCUCAUCAUUGAGCAAGAAGACUAUCAGACCAUCUCGCUGGGAGUGUUUUUGACCGGUACCAUCUUCGCCGUGUUCGGAAUCAUACUGGCCUGUUGCUUCCUUGCGUUCAAUAUUCAUUUUAGAAAGCUUCGUGUCAUCAAGAUGUCCAGCCCCAAUAUCAAUAACCUGAUGCUGAUUGGUGGAAUAUUAGCCUACGUUUCAAUCAUCUUUCUUGGGAUCGACAUGGCCAUUGCACCCAAAGAUACACUCGCCUGGAUGUGCAAGGCGAAUACAUGGCUGCUAACCAUAGGCUUCUCAAUGGCUUUUGGAUCAUUGUUCAGCAAGACGUGGCGAGUGCAUAAAAUCUUCACCAACAAAACGGCAAUGAAAACGGUAGUCAAGGAUUACUGGUUGCUAAGCUGUGUUGCAUCCCUCGUGGCGAUUGAUAUUAUCAUCUUGUUUCUGUGGGACAUUGUGGACCCUUUGGAGGUUGUGGAGAAAAUAGGAGUUAAAGUGCUGGAUAGUGAAAACGAUGACCUGCUCCACAUCCCAGUACGGAAUCUUUGUGAAUCCAAGAACCAGAUUUACUGGAUUGGCGCCCUCUACGUCAUAGAUGGAUUGCUGAUGAUCUUUGGAGCGUUCUUGGCCUGGGAGACCAGAAAAGUGACAAUUCCUGCACUCAAUGACUCCAAGUAUAUCGGUAUCUGCGUCUACAAUGUGCUGAUUUUAUCGUUCAUCGGUGCUCCAGUAUCUUUUGUUCUUGAGGAGCGGAACGCCCAUUACGCCAUUGUGGCUUCCAUUGUAUGGCUAGCAACAACAUUUACACUGUGUGUUGUCUUCGUGCCAAAGAUCAAAAUGAGGAAUGACGUCCGACCUGCUCAGAACACAUCAGUCUUGACCGUGGAUCGACCAGGUAGAAACACAGUAGACACACAGAAAGAGUUACAACUACUCAGAAUGGAGAUACGCCGUAUGAAAAAUGAAUGCAAAUGUUUGGCGAAAAAUGGCAGUACGAAUCCAGUAGUGGUUAAUAAUGGGCCAUCGGGGAACGCUGUGACUGAGGUUACAGGUACGAGUCCAGCGUCAGGUUCGCCGGAAAACUCAGCUCCCAGCAGCCACCAUUAGAAAUGCACACCAAAGAAAGGAGGAACCGUACCACGGUUCGUGGAUACCUUAUGCAUAGUUUUUCAUAUCAGUAGGGCGCCCUCACCUAGAGGUUAAAAAAAGGGCUGAUGGUUGACCAAAACUGUACACCGCCCGCACAACUGUGCAAUUUGUUUGUAUCAUCUUCGUUUUUACAUCUAAGAUGGCGGAUGGAUGACGUCAAUGCAUUGGGUCUAUGAUGGAGAGACUGGUAUUUGGAACGUUCAUUUGGUAGCAUAAAAUAUAACAUGCAAAACUACAGACGAUGUGACUUCUGACAUCACUCGAAAACCAUAACAUGAUUCGCGCGCAUACCGCCGGGCAAAACCUUCGUG